AGACCUUUGGUUUCUCAUGUUAUAUAUACAGUACAUCAAACUAUACACAAUAUACUUAAUUCACUCACUCUCCAUGGCUAGAACAAAUUCUACCAAGCACUCAAUCCAUUUCUUCAAGAUCAUCCUCCAAACUAAUCUUCAAAGACUUAAAAUACCAAAUAAGUUUACAAAGAGUCAUGGAGUUGGUUUAUCAAAUCCAGUGUUGAUCAAUCCUCCUGAUGGCACUAAAUGGAAAGUUUAUUGGAAAAAUAUCAAUGGUGAGAUUUGGUUUGAAAAGGGUUGGAAAUCUUUUACUCAAAAUUACUCUCUAGGACAUGGCAGUUUGGUUGUGUUUAAAUAUAAAGAAGGAACUUCCAAGUUCGAUGUACUCAUACUUGGCCAAAGUGCAGUAGAAAUAGACUAUGAUCCUUCAUCUGACACUCAUGAUGAUGAUGAUAAAAAUGACAAUGUUGGUGAUAGUAAUGAUGAUGAACCAGUUAAGAUUUUGGAUGAAAAUAGUGACGAUGAAUCAGUUAUGAUUUUGGAUGAAUUAAGUUCUCCUCGACCACAUAAAAAAGUCAGAGGUGAGACUGAAAACAUUACUAAAAGGACUUCAUCACUAAAUAUGCCAAAGGAAGCUAGAGCUCAGGAAAUUGCUGAAAACUUCAUCUCAAGCAAUCCCUUUUUCACAAUUCUUAUAAAUACUUAUCACGUGGUCGAAAGUCAUCAGCUGGGUGUACCAAGUUUAAAGGGGGUUAUUGAGAACAAAGGGAAGGAUGUGAUGUUGCAGAUUGGAAAAAGAUCAUGGAAUGUGAAACUGCUUCGUUGUUCCGAGAAUACAAAUACUCGUCGCCUCUCAGCGGGUUGGCGCUUGUUUCUACGUGAAAGUGGACUGAAACCGGGAGAUGUUUGUGUCUUUGAACUGAUAAACAAGAAUGAUUUAAUUUUUAAAGUUCACGUUUUCUAAAGGGAGAGGCACUUAGAUUUCUAUUGUACCAAGGAGAGUUAGUUACAUUCUGUUUCCAGAUCUACUACAUCGGUCACAACAAUGUUCGUUCUACGGACGUCUAUCUUUUUUUCAAUAUCAAUAUCAGCAAUUGUUUUUAGAUGGAAGUAAA